GGAUGUACUACUGCUGCUCCUCUUGGCUCCAAAAAUGGAUAACAAAAUAAAUUGUGAACACAAUCUGUCCAAUCAUGGUAGCUCUGAGGGGAACUCGUGCAGUGCAGUCCCAGAAGACAAUCCAUUUUUAAUGGUCGCGGCCGUUUCAUGUUCGAUUUGUGGGGGCUGCCAAUGCCCAACCAACGCAGCCAAGAAAACAGAUGGAGAACAGGGUAAAGCUCCUCCAAAAACUCCUCCACGAAAAGGCAAAGACCUGGACAGUAAGGUGACGUACAAGACUGGAAGUGCGGGAACCGCUGGUGCUGCUGGUGCUGUUGGUGCUUCUGGAGGUGCUGGUGCUUCUGGUGGUUCUGGAGGUGCUGGUGCUGGUCCCACGAGUAAAAACAGCAGAAAGAUUAGUCCAGCAAAGUCCAGGGAAUCCAGUAAAUCGAAGAAGAUCAUAGGACCAAGGGAUGAAAGUACAGCCAGUAAAAGUGCCAGACCAAAGAAGAUCAAAGAUCAAAAUGAAAUGAACAAUCAAGACAAGCCCAGGAAGAUCAAACGAUCCAAUUCGAAUCAUAGGCCAAAUAAAAAUUCCCAGGAUGAAAACGAUAAGGGGUGCUUGUGCAAAAUAGAAGAUUUCAGGGAAGGGCAAAGAAACCAGUGCAUACAGGCAGACACAUCCGAUAGGAAUAAUCGAAGCAAGUUCAGGGACCAAAUGAAGAUCAAAGGAUCAGAUUCGAAUUAUAUACCAAAUGAAAGUUCCCAGGAUGAAAACUAUAUGGGGUGCAUAUGCGAAAUAGAAGAAGCCAGGGAAACUCAAAGAACCCAGAGAAUACAGCCGAAAAUAUCUGAAAAGAAUAGUCGAAACAAGUCCAGGGAGACAAUAUCCAGCGGAAUGAAGAUCAAAGAAUCAGUUUCAAAUCAUAGACCAAAUGAAAAUUUCCGGGAUCAAAGACAAAGAAACCCAAGCAUACAGCCAGUCAUAUCCAAAGGAAAUAUUCGCGCCAAGUCCAAGGACCCAAUAGCCCGACAAACGAAGGCCAAAGGAUCUGCUUUGAAUCAUAGACCAAAAAAAAGCUCCCAGGAUCAAAACGAUAAGGGGUGCUUAUGCAAAAUGGAAGAUGCCGGGGAAAGACAAAGAAACCCAAGCAUACAGCCAGUCAUAUCCAAAGGGAAAAUUCGCGCCAAGUCCAAGGACCCAAUAGCCCGACAAACGAAGGCCAAAGGAUCUGCUUUGAAUCAUAGACCAAAUAAAAGCUCCCAGGAUCAAAACGAUAAGGGGUGCUUAUGCAAAAUGGAGGAAGCCAGGGACAGACAAGGAACCCAGAGCGUACAGCGAGAUACUGCCGAAAGGAACAACGGAGACAAGUUCAGGGAGCCAAUAUCCAGCGAAAUGAACUAUAUAAGGAAGGUCAAAGGAUCAGAUUCGAAUAGACCAAACGGAAAUGCCCAGAAUAGAAACGAUAGGCGGUGCCCCUGCCCAGUAGAAAAAUCCAGGGUAAGACGAAGCAGCCAGAGCAUGCAGCCAGGUAUAUCCGAACGGAAUAAUCGAGACAAGUUCAGGGAGCCAAUACCCAGCGAAAUGAACUAUAUAAGGAAGAACAAUGCAUCAGAUUGGGAUCUUAACCCAAUUGAAAAUUCUCAGGAUGACAACGAUAUGCAGAGCGAAUACGAAAUGGAAGAAGCCAGGGAAAGACAAAAACCCCAGAACAUGCUGCCCGAUGUGUCCCACUUUAUUAUGUACUGCACAAGGAUACGCGAAAGUCCAAGCCAUUCCACCAGGGGCGAAGUUGAAUCUCGUGCUGGAAAUGAAUUUAGUAGAAGGAAUAGUCAACAGAACGAAUGGCAUAAAUCGAUGGGACUGAGAGACUCGUAUUCCCCAGUACCAUCAAGAAGGGACAACGAAUGCCGCUGCCAAGGCCAGCAAAUAUCUGCUAAUAGCAAACCGAGCAAACCCGCCUCCAGAGGAGUCCCAGAAAAAUGUCCAAUGUGGGAAUCCUGUACACUUCCCACCUCGGCCCAGCGCAAGUGUCAUAGAUGUUUGCCUGCACUGAACUCUGGAAAUCUGACUCCUGAUGGCCCGGCGCAUUUAAGGCGUGACAGGCGGAUUUGUCCAAUUGAGAGCACAGCUGAGGGUAAAAGAUCAGAUUAUUCGUAUGCCAGUGGUAAAGGAAAGAAGUAUGAAAUGGAAUCCAACUAUGCUAUAGAACGGGAAAGAAAACGGCAUAGGGCAUCCAAUUCCAGGAGACAUAGUGAGACCCAAAAUUCCAGGAGAGCCAGUGAGACCUACAAAGCAGAAAGAUCCAGAAGUUCGAACUCCUCCCCAAACAGACACAAAAACAAGACCAGAAAUCGAAGAGGUAGCCACAAAAAUUUCAGUAAAUACAACAGCGACUCCGAGAGUAAUGGCCACAGGGAAAAGUACGGUCGGAGUAGCAGCAACAACAACAGUGACUGCCGUGAUGUCAAAUGCAAGCGCAAGUGUCGCAGAUGUGCGGAUGCGUCCACUAUGACCGUCAGCAGGAUGUCUUCAAGGGAAGGAAGUCAGUCGUUAAUAAGAAGUAAAACCAAUGCAGCAACCAGCAUCUGUGGAAUUUGUCCGGCGGGCAAAAUUUGUGAUCCUAAUUGUUCGUUGGCUACUCAAACAUCCCGUCCUUUGAUGGAUUUUCAAAACCCCAACCUGAAGGGAACCCAGACAAAACGAGGGAAGGGAGUUCGCAGCCCUAAGAGAAAACCGGGAACCCAAUACACGUGUUCUUUUCCGGCCCAGAUUACGGCUAUUAAGAGAAUCAGUUCGUCGGGAGCUCUUCAACCUCCUCAAAAAGGCUCCACGGGAGCUGUCCAGACUCCUCAGAGCUACUCGUCGGAGGAUGUCCGGACUCCACAGAAACUCCACGCAUCGGAAGCUGUCCAGGGACUAUCUAAGAGCAGAGAUAAAAGGGCCGCUCGUAGCGGCGAAGAAUCGGAUGUGGGAGUGAUUAUUGACAAUCUUAAAGAUGCUGUGAUCGUGUGCGCCUGCGAUUCGAGUAAUCUAGAUCGGACACUGCGGGAGCUCAUUCCCAAUGCGGCCGGGUCUCCAAUCAAUAAGAAAUGUUCCAAGAAGAAGCGCCCCAGAUACGAUCGCUUUGCCAGUCCGCCCUUUGUACUGAACCCGACGCCGAGAUGUCCACCGUCUCCAUAUGUCAACACCUGCUGCUAUCCGGUGGACAAGAAAUGCUACACCUCCGGUUGCGGUGGUACAUACUAUGGUGGUUGUUGCUGGUAGAAAAAAAAACCCAGUCAACCGACAUAAAU